UUCAAUCCAGUCCCUGGAUAGAGGGGUAUAUUUUUUUAUUAAUUGUUUGUUUGUUUACUUGAUUUUGCCGUUUUGAAACGUUCUAGCAUGCGUCCGUAACUAUGUUGGCGUAUCGGUCCAAUGGUGGCUCAGACGAACCGGGUCUCAGUGAUGCCUUAGCGUUGCGUUACGUGCGACAGAGCAAGCAAACCUAUCGCAAAGUUUCCCUGUUGUACAGCAGAUGAGUGCGCGAGGACUUUAGGACAGUCCAGUGCGUCAGGACACUUGAGUCUGUCCUCUUGACAACACUACUUCGUCGGUGUCUUGAGUUUAGCUUUGUUUUGGGGUCAGUCAAACACGGAGGACUUUCCGUCGUGUCUGUGGACGGGUUUAGUGGAUUUACGGUGUAUCCAAGGAAACGGAAGAUUAGAAGCUGAUGCUGUGGAGGUGAUUCCUGAACUGUUCCGAGUCCAUCUCUCUUCCUCGGCUCUGUCUCUACAUGUGCCCAGGGAAGCACGGAUAUAGCAGAGGGCCACUGUGCUGAAGGACUUGGUGACAUCAGGAACUCCUGCCUUGGUUCCCUCCAUUGUGUCUGAUGGAUCUCAGGCUUGUCUCAUUGACGCUCGGAACACUACUUAUUCUCGUGACCUCUGGGCCACAGCCAUCCGUUGGACAGAAGGUUUACACCAACACAUGGGCCGUCCACAUCACAGGGGGAGAGCAGGAAGCCAACCGGAUCGCUAGAAAGCAUGGUUUUGUAAACCACGGGAAGGUUUUUGGAGAUUUUUAUCACUUCAGGCACCGCAGAGUGGUGAAGAGGUCUUUAUCAGAUCACAGAGGAGCACACAUUCGUCUGCACACAGAACCUCAGGUAAUGUGGGCGGAACAGCAGGUGGUGAAACGAAGAAAGAAGAGGGAUAUUUACUAUGAGCUGACUGAUCCGAAGUUUGCACAGCAGUGGUACUUGUACAACGAAGAUCAUCGUGACCUCAACGUGAAGGAAGCCUGGAAGCAGGGUUUUACUGGACAAGGCGUCGUCGUGUCCAUAUUGGAUGAUGGAAUUGAAAAAAACCACCCAGAUCUGAUUCAAAACUAUGAUCCAGAUGCUAGCUAUGAUGUUAAUGAUGGCGACCCAGACCCUCAGCCUCGAUACACCCAACUCAAUGAUAACAGACUUAAUGAUAAUUUGCAGUACAACGAAGAUCAUCGUGACCUCAACGUGAAGGAAGCCUGGAAGCAGGGUUUUACUGGACAAGGCGUCGUCGUGUCCAUAUUGGAUGAUGGAAUUGAAAAAAACCACCCAGAUCUGAUUCAAAACUAUGAUCCAGAUGCUAGCUAUGAUGUUAAUGAUGGCGACCCAGACCCUCAGCCUCGAUACACCCAACUCAAUGAUAACAGACGAUCCUUUCCAAACUCCACUCAUCACAAAUAUUAUCCAGUUGUUUUGAGUAUUGUCGUCGGUAAUCCUCAUGUUUCAGACUUGGCAGCGCAGCCCUCGCAUCUGGCUCUCGGUGGCCGUGGAGGACGGGGCUCCAUCUUUGUGUGGGCUUCGGGGAACGGUGGCCGAGAGAAGGACAGCUGCAACUGCGACGGCUACACCAAUAGCAUCUACACACUGUCGAUCAGCAGCAGCACGCAGAACGGCAACGUGCCCUGGUACAGCGAGGCCUGUUCGUCCACCCUCGCCACAACCUACAGCAGUGGAAGCCUCAAUGAGAAACAGAUUGUCACUACAGACCUCAGGCAGAAGUGCACAGACUCCCACACAGGCACCUCUGCCUCAGCCCCUCUGGCGGCAGGAAUCAUCGCCCUCGCCCUUGAGGCCAAUUUCAUUGUGGUUUAUCCGUCAGUUCUUGAACACUAUUUUCUUGUUUUUAGGAAUAUUGGGAGUCAUUUGGUGAUCAAUAAGAGUGUGGAUGCAUGUGCUGGGACGGACAACUUUGUGAGCUCAUUAGAGCAUGCUCAAGCCCAGCUCACCCUGUCCUACAACCGCAGAGGAAACCUGGCCAUCUACCUGAUCAGCCCACAGGGCACCCGCUCCACGCUGCUUGCACCCAGACCUCACGAUUACUCCUCUGAGGGCUUCAGUGACUGGGCUUUCAUGACCACCCACUCCUGGGAUGAGGACCCUCGUGGAGAAUGGACGUUGGAGAUUGAGAACAUGGCUGGAACCAGCGACUAUGGCACUCUGACUCAGUUCACUCUGGUUCUCUAUGGCACAGCUUCUAGUUUAUCCGGCCCUUCAGCAGCAGACUCCAGUAGCUGCAAAACAUACGACCUCAAUCAGAUCUGCACAGAGUGCAACCCCGGCUUCUACUUGCACAACAAGGGCUGCGUGAGAGACUGUCCAGCAGGUUUCACCACAGGCACCCGCUCCAUUUUCCUCCCUAACAACGAGGUGACGUCCGUCCUCCGUCCCGCCUGCCAGUCCUGCGACCCCAUCUGCCUCACCUGCAGCGGCACGAGCCCUCAGAACUGCCUCUCCUGCCCUCCUCACAGCCACCUGGACCCUGUCAGCGGCACCUGUCUGCACCAGAACCACAUCCAUCGCGAGUCUCCGGACGGCGGGCUGUUCCAGAUGCAAGGAGGCGGCUCGUCCGUCAAACUGCACCCAGAGCUCGCCUCUCGCCUGCCUGCGACUGUGGCUGUGCUCAGCUGUGCCUUCAUUGUGGCUGCGUUUGUGGCCAUGUUUGGCUUCCUGCAGAUGCACACGCACAAGCAGAACAAACCGCUGUCCGCAGAAGCCGGGCCAGGAUCCAGCUUACUGGUCGGGUUCGGUUUCAACCGCACCGCAGUGGCCUACAAGGGCAUCCCGAGCGUUUGGAGGGAGGACGAGGGCAAUUCCGAGUCCGAGAACGAGGAAUUCGAGAUCCGCAAUGAGAGGACUGGCUUUAUCAAAACACAAAGUGCUCUUUAACCCCUUUCUUGCCCACGUUCCUCCCCUCUCUAGCCUCUACUGCACUGGUGUCUCUUUUUUAGUGUGAUUUUCUUCUGGGGUUCGUCUGAGCAUAUCUCACUUCUGGGGGUUUUGGUUUGUUUUUCGCACCUGUUGUAGUUAUGUGAGCCAUGAUUCACCUGGGGGUUGACCUCUCUCGGUGCCUCAACAUGGAAAGCUUUCAAUCACAAGCGACGGGGAUGAGCCGAUGGUCACAGGGUUGUCCCGGAUUUACAAUAAACAUGAUUAUUGUUUGGUCUCUUCCUCUUGCCUAGUGAGAUUUUAAGAAACAACAAGAUUGAAUUAUUCGCAUACGAGAAAAACAAAGCUUUUCUUUGAGUGAAUGUGUGUGUGUGUGUGUGUGUGUGUGUGUGUGAGUGAAACUACGUUUAUGAAGUUAGUCAGUGCUCCAGUGGGUCGGAUCCACUGGCUUUGCGCAGGGAGCCUUUUAGAAGAACAUAUCACUAUUUCUACAUGAUCAGAUGGAGAGCAGAGCGGUGUGUUGUUAAACAUGUUUGAAGAGCUUACUGCUCCCCCUAGAGCAUCUACAUUGACAAAUUCAUGAUUAUUUUAUGUACAGUAGGCUGUUUAAAGUAAUAGUUCUCCAAAAGAUGAAACCUGACAUUAUUUGCUCACCCU